AUGGAGUGGAUGUUUUUACAAAACAAGAACUCUCUCCUCUAUAAAAUUCUUUACAAAAAAUUUGGAGAUAAAAUUUGGGAUGAAGGCAUGAAGAGAGGAGUUACUACUGCUUGGAAAAUUAUCAAAGAGGGUAUUGAGUACCUGAAACCAGUUGUUAGAUGGCAUUUAAAUAAUGGUCAUAGUAUCAAUAUCACUGCUGAUAAUCGGAUUUUAGAUAGAAGCCUCAAUAGAUGGCCUGCUACGUGCAAUACAAUUGACAUUGCAGAUAAUAAAGUGUCCUUUCUUAUGGAUGAGGAGGGUAAUUGUAAUUCAGAAAAAUUAUCUGAAUUCUUUUCAAGAGAUAUGAUUGAGCUUAUACAGCAGUUGGAGAAAGGGGCGAAUAAUAUAGAAGACAGAAUUGAACUAAUUCAUACCAACACAGGGAAAACUGUUUCAACAUUAUGUGCAGAAGCUAACAGCUUACUUUUUGUUAGUAAGUAUAGCAAUUAUAAUUGGCUGAAAAAUUUAAAAUUGGACCAGAAAGUUUAUCUUUUCUGGUGGAGAGCUUUGAAUGGUGCUUUACCAACGAAGGAUUGGUUAUGUUAUAGAAGACUGGCAAAUACCACUGAAUGUCCAAGAGGAUGUCAUGAGAAUGAAGACACAGAACACGUUAUUAUCAAGUGUAGCAAGUUGACAGUUUUAUUACAGAAACUGAGAAGUUGUGGAUUCAAUGUCCCUUCCUUUCAAAAUCUGGAUGAAUGUAUUAAGGCAUUAAAACAGAAAGCUGAUAAGGGACUUACUAAAAUCUAUGCUUUGGCGGUUUACUACAGUUGGAGAUCACGAAAUAUGGUCAAGCACGUUAAUGCUGAAAUUCCCAUUGCUUACACAGAUGCAGAAAUCAUUUCCCAUGUUUCUUACCUUCAGUCAAAUCCAAUCUAG